AUGCCUGGUCAGAACUAUAGCAUGGUGACUGAGUUCAUCCUCGUGGGAUUCUCUAACUUCCCACAGCAUCUCCUGCCCACCUUCUUCCUGCUGUACCUGCUCAUGUACCUGUUCACGCUGCUGGGGAACCUGCUCAUCAUGACCACAGUCUGGAGCGAGCGCAGCCUGCACACGCCCAUGUACCUCUUCCUGUGCGCCCUGUCCACCUCCGAGAUUCUGUUCACCGUUGCCGUCACCCCUCGCAUGCUGGUUGACAUGCUCUCCACCCGCCGCACCAUCACCUGGGCGGCCUGUGCCAGCCAGAUGUUUUUCUCCUUCACGUUUGGCUUCACCCACUCCUUCCUGCUUAUGAUCAUGGGCUACGACCGCUAUGUGGCCAUCUGCCACCCCCUGCGCUACAAUGUGCUCAUGAGCAACCGUAGCUGUGCCCGUCUGGUGUCCUGGACCUGGGCUGGUGGCUCAGUCAUGGGGAUGAUGGUGACCCUGAUAGUUUUUCACCUCACCUUCUGUGGGUCUAAUGUGAUCCACCAUUUUCUAUGCCAUGUGUUUUCCCUUUUGAAAUUGGCCUGUGGGAAUGAGAAUUCCUCUGUCACCUUGGGUGUGAUCCUGGUGUGUGUCUCAGCUCUGAUGGGCUGUUUAUUCCUCAUUGUCCUCUCCUAUGUCUUCAUCGUGGCCGCCAUAUUGCGGAUCCCCUCUGCUGAGGGCAGGCACAAGACCUUCUCCACGUGUGUGUCCCACCUCACGGUGGUCAUUGUGCACUACAGCUUUGCUUCCAUUAUCUACCUCAAGCCCAAGGGCCCCCAUUCUAUGGACAGUAACACCCUGAUGGCCACCACCUAUACAGUCUUCACUCCCUUUCUCAGCCCGAUCAUUUUCAGCCUCAGGAAUAAGGAGCUCAAGAACGCCAUAAAGAAAAGCUUCCAGAGAAAAUUCAGUCCCCUAAGCUCCUGACGGACAGUUUGGCGGUGAGAAAAAUGACAGUAGGGUUGGGGAUGAUAAAGUCCAUCUCCAUAAGCCUGUUGUAGGGAUUCAAUGUAAGAAAAUACUGAGUAAGUAUUGUUGAGUGCAUCUAUAGGUGUUGGAUACCUGCUAGGUAUUCGUUUUUCUCCAAUUUGUGUGCCUCCCUCUUGCAUAGGAUCUAGAGAUCAUGAUCUCCUGUUCAA